AUGGAUAUCUUUAGAAUAUUGAGUAGAGGAGCUUCGUUGAAGAAGUCAAAAGAUGUGACUACUGACUACGCCCUCCCGUCAGACAAACAAAACAAAAAUCAAAAACAUAAAGAAGAAUCAAUCUUGUCCCAAGUUGAGAAGGAGACUGAUUUCUUUCACACGAAAAAGCUUGCAAAACACGUAUCAGAGAAGGCAAAUUCUGAAGUUGAAUCCAAAGAGCAAGAUGACUAUGAAGAGGACGAAGCUCCUCCUUUGCAGUUGAAGGAUGAAGAAGAUGCCAAAAAGUUUAGAAACCUACAUCGAUCAAAAGUGACCGGUGAUGACAUUCCCAUCCCCAUAGGUUCAUUCGAAGACAUGAUCGGAAGGUUUCAAAUCGACAAAAAACUCUUGUCCAAUCUUAUUGACAACGACUUUAUUGAGCCCACACCAAUUCAAUGUGAAUCAAUACCAAUAUCGUUAUCCAAUAGGGACUUGAUUGCGUGUGCUCCCACGGGGUCUGGUAAAACGUUGGCUUUCUUGAUCCCAUUGGUUCAGCAACUCAUUACAAGACAAACUGGCAAAAACUUUGGAGUAAGAGGGUUGAUCAUCUCCCCAACCAAUGAAUUGGCAGUGCAAAUAUUCCAAGAGUUGGACACUUUGGUCAAGGGCAAGAACCUCACAAUUGGCAUACUAUCAAAGCAACUAGCAAGCAAAUUAAACAACGAUAUUGUGAAGGCAUCAAAGUACCACAUUAUUGUCUCUACGCCAUUACGUUUGAUUGAUGUUGUAAAAAACAGCAAGAUCGAUUUGUCAAAAGUAGAGCAAUUGGUCAUUGAUGAAGCUGAUAAACUCUUUGACCAUGGAUUUGCUGAGCAAACUGAUGAAAUAUUAAAUCACUUGACAAACAACAAGAUACGAAAAUCGAUGUUUUCUGCCACCAUUCCAUCAGGUGUUGAAGAAAUGGCCCAUUCCAUUAUGAAGGAUCCCAUUAGGGUUAUCAUUGGCCACAAAGAGGCUGCCAGCAGCACAAUUGAUCAAAAAUUGGUCUUCACCGGUAAUGAAGAAGGUAAGUUGUUGGCCAUUAGGCAAAUGGUACAAAACGGAGAGUUUAAACCGCCGAUUAUAAUCUUUUUACAAUCCAUCACCAGAGCCAAGGCAUUGUUCCAUGAGUUGGUUUACGAUAAGUUGAAUGUCGAUGUGAUUCAUGCAGAAAGGACACCAAAGCAAAGAGAUGAGGUGAUAAAGAGGUUCAAGAAUGGAGACAUUUGGGUCCUCAUCACCACUGACGUGCUCGCGAGAGGUGUAGACUUCAAAGGCGUGAAUUUGGUCAUCAACUAUGAUGUUCCACAAAGCGCACAAGCGUAUGUGCAUAGGAUUGGUAGAACCGGGAGAGGUGGAAGAACAGGUAGGGCAGUCACAUUCUUCACCAAAGAAGAUGACAAAGCUGUCAAGCCAAUCAUCAAUGUUAUGAAACAAUCAGGAUGUGAGUCGGGAUUUAGUGCGUGGAUGGAGAAUAUGGGCAAGCUUAGCAAGAAGGAAAAGAAAAACAUCAAAACUCAUGAAGUGAAACGGAAAAAGAUUAGUACAGUGCCAAAAGUUAUAAAGCAAAAGAGGAAACAAAAGCAAGAGAUGAUAGCCGCUUCCAAAAGAAGAAAACAGUUGGAGGCUGGGACCGAGUAG